AUGAAAUAAUAAAUUAUACCAAAACCUAAAAUUACUACACAAUUACCAAUACUCCCAGAAAUAAAGCGAUAAUCUAAAGAUUCUUUGGGGACUCCACUGUAAGUUACUAAAGAUGAUUAUUUAGGAAAUUGAUGAAACCAGCUGUUUAGAAUCUUUUAUCUUAGUCUCGACUUUCAAGACAAUCAUGCAGCAUAGAAACUACAAUAUCAUAAGAAUCUUAAAGAAAGUAAUCAUAAACAAAAAAGGCAAAUAUGGAAUCAUUAGUGAAGAAUAAAACUUAUUUUAAUCAUCGUUCUUUAAUGAAUGAUUAUUUGAAAAGAUAGAAUAUAUCAAUAGCAACAAAAUUAUUUUGUUUUAAUUCAUAAGAUGAGUAUAUUCGUAGAUGUUUAUAAAGACAUGGUUGGUUGGAAACAUCUUGUAACUCAUAAAUUUUUGAUCUUAAAUGGGUUUAUACAGAAAAUCCUGAUGAUUUUAAAACAUUAUUAGAUGGAUAAUUUUAUAAUCAUUUUAGUAAUACUAAAGAACUCACAACAAAAUCAUGUUUAUUAGCAAAUUUCAAAAAUUAAUAUGAAUAUGGAUAUGAUACAAGUACUUUCUUUCCAAGAGCAUAUGAUUUAGGAAAUGCAAUAGAUAGAGAGGAUUUUCUUAAAGAGUAUGAAAGAACUGCAGUGACUAUAAUAUUAAAAAAGGCAAUAGCUACAUUAAAAAUGAAGAGGAAAACUGAAAUGAAGAAGAUGAAGGUGAAAAUAUUAGAGGAAUGGAAAAUAAAGAAUGAGAAUUAAAAAAUUAGAAGAAUAGAUAUAAAGAGAACUGUUAAGAGAAAAUACAAAAAUAUUUAUACAGGAUAAGAAUUGGAAGAUUCAAAAUAACCUUCAGAUAUAAAGUUUGAUUGUUCAAUAAUAUCAGAAGUAUUAUCUAGAUUAUCAGAUAUGAAAAGAUAAUUAAAAGAUGGAUUUUAUGAUGAUAAGAAUUUUGAAUUGAGUCAUCAAUAUAUCUCGAAAACUAGAUUAAAGUAUUUAAUAAAUAUAAUAAUAUAUAGUUUAAUAGCAUAUUCUCAAAUUCAGAAAUUUGAUAAAGGUUCAAAUCCAAGUUAGUUUAUGAUAAGAAAGUUAUAUAGAUAUCAUUUGUUUUUUAAAAAAUAUGAUUAAGCUUACAAAGUUGAUGGAAUAAACAAUAUAUGGAUAAUAAAGCCAGGAGGUUGUGCAAGAGGAUAAGGAAUUUAUUUAGAGAAAGAUAUUACAGAAGCAAUAAGUAGUGGUUUAUAAAUGCAAGCUAGAUUAGUAUAAAAAUAUAUAGAAAGACCAUUGUUAUAUAAAGGAUUUAAAUUUGAUUUAAGAUAAUGGGUUUUAGUAAGAAGUUUUUAACCACUAUAAGCAUAUGUUUUUAGUCAUUGUUAUAUGAGAAUGUGUAGUUAACCAUAUGAUGUUAAAGAUACAAAAAAUUUAUUAAAGCAUUUGACAAAUUUCUCAUUAAAUAAAUCAGAAUUUAAGAAGUAAGUGAGCAAUAAUAAUACAUUAGCUAAAAUGAUUCUAUUUACAGUAGUGAUUUUAUGUAGUAAUGGCUUCCAGUUGAUUGGUAAAAGAUAGUUCGACCUUAAUGUAAUGAUUUAAUGAUUAAGACACUUAAAAUAUUAUAAGAUUAAUUUGAAGGUGAAUCUAAAUAUUGUUUUGAAUUAUAUGGUUUUGAUAUUAUGUUAGAUCAAUAUUGUAAACCAUGGUUAUUAGAAGUUAAUCUAUCACCAGCAUGUGCUGAAAGAGCUGAUUGGUUGCAUGAAAUGUUAGAUUCUAUGGCUGAAAGUAUGUUUAAUAUUAUUUUUGGUGAUCAAUUUCAUAAACCUAAAUAAUAUUAUUACUAAUUACUAAUUGAUGAAGAAAAUAAUUACAAUAAUAAUAAUAAUCAACAAAAUGAUGCAUAAUUUGAAUUAUGGGGAUAAAAAUGUAAUAUUAAAAGAGAAAAAAUUAUUGAUAAAAGAUAUAUUGAAUCAUUAGCUGCUUUAAUUAUUUAAAAAUUUUAUAGAAUGUUUAAAGCUAAAAAAAUUAAAUGGUUCUUAAGAGAUACUAAAUAUGCAAUUAUUAUAUAAAAAUAUACAAGAAGAAUGCUCGCAAAAUUAUAAAGAAUACGAUUAAAAAAGUAUUAUUCUGCUACUAAACUAUAAACUAUUAUAAGAACAUUUCUAGCCAAAAAAAGGAGAUAUCAUUUAAAAAGAGCCAAAAUGGCAACUAAAAUCUAAUGUAGAUUUAGAAGUAAUCAAGCAAAAAUGAUUAUGAAUUAAUUAAAAAAAGAAUUAGCCUUUUUAUAUUUAGAAUAAUUAAUCGUUAUUAAAAUCUCUAAGAAAAUAGCAAAUGGUUUGAAAUAUAAACUAUUUUAAUAUAAAAAAAUUCAAAGAUGGUGGAAAUUCUUAUAUAAAAAAAGAAUUUAAUAAAGUGCCAAAAUUAAUUCACUAUUUAAAUGGUAUUUAUAUCAACUAAUUAAAUUAGUUUUAUUUAAAAAAAAACAUAUAAAAAAUUACUUAAAAAUCAUAGAUCUGCAAUUAUCAUUUAAAAAAAUUAUAAAAAAUAUAAAGCUAUUAAAUUGAGAAAAAGAUUAGAAAAAGAAUAAUCAACUUUAUUUUUGCAAUCUUUAUUUAGAAUAAAAUUGGCAAAAAGAUAAAAAAAAUUAUUAAUUAUUUAAGAUGGAUUAAAUAAAUUUUUAAAAGCUUAUGGUAGACAUAAAUAAAGAUUAGCAAUGGUAAAUAUUAGGAAUAAGGGAUUGUCAAGAGUCAAAGCUAUAAUGAAAAUAUAAUCAUAUCGACUUGUGAUUAAAUCUAAAAGAUAUGUUCGUAGACUCAAACGAUUAAAAAAAUUCAUCAAAUUAUAGGCAUUUAUUAAAGGGUUUUUAUAAAGAAAGAGAUAUAGAAGAUUAAUUAAAAGAAAAAGAGCAAUCAAAUUAAUCAUUAAAUGCAUUAGAAGAUAUAUUUUUAAAAAAAAGAUAAAGAGAAGACUCUAAUUAAAAAAAGGUAGAGGCCUCACUUUAAAUUCUUAACAACAAAGUAAGACAAAUACAAUUUAAACUAUUUCUACUAGAAAUUAACAAUUAACAUAAUAAUUUUAAAAUAAAAAUGCAAAGAAAUAAACAAUUCAAAUUUAAAAAAAAAAAUGA